UGGAAUCAGUGGUGUUGUAUAUGUGUCUGUGGACGUUUUGUUGCACAGAAUACCACAAUUCUGUUAACUGUUAAAGUUAUUAACCACUGUCGCUACUAUUUAAUCAUGCUGUUGCUGAACGUGAAAAUUAAUCCCAUAAGCAUAAUGGUUGUGUUAGUUGUGAGUGGACUGCUAAUAUUUUACAUAUGGUCCGGCAGACGUCAUCAGUCUCAUACUCAUAGUGAUGAUAGUAAUAUGUCUGCCGAGAAAGUUAGCAUCAUGCAGUUGCUCAGCGUCAGCAUUGACGCAGCACAUCGCGGUGGGAGAGAGGUAAUAGCUGUAAGAGAGAGUAGCAACAUCAAAGAGAAGAGCAAAGGGAAAACGAAGGAAGGUGCAAACAAUCCUAUAACCGAGGGAGAUGUGCGCUCGCACCGGGCGAUGGUCGGUGCAAUCAAGAAGGCUUUCCCCGAUUUGGUGGUGAUCUCGGAGGAGCAUGAGAAUCUACCGGACGACCUGCAGCGAGUGCCCGUGCCCGACCGCUUCAUAGAGGAGGUCACGACGAAGUUCGUCGACGACGUCAGCGUGCCGAUCAGUGACAUCGUCGUGUGGAUCGAUCCGCUGGAUGCUACGCAAGAGUAUACGGAAAACCUGCUCCACUACGUCACUACGAUGGUGUGCGUUGCGGUGAAGGGAGAACCGGUGCUGGGAGUCAUCCACCAGCCGUUCGAGAAAUACACGGCUUGGGGCUGGGUGGACCAUGGCCACUCUGACAAGCUCAGCAUACAGCAGUCGACAGCUGAUGGCAUCAAGAUCAUCGCAUCUAGAGCGCACCAGGGAACCGUCAACGAGACAGCGAUAAAGGCAUUCGGUCCCACCACACAAGUUAUUCCAGCGGGCGGAGCAGGUUACAAGACGCUGCAGGUGAUACAAGGCAAUGCAGACGCGUACCUGCACACGACGCUCAUCAAGAAGUGGGACAUCUGCGCGGGCGCGGCGUUGCUGAAGUCGGUCGGGGGAACAAUGACGACUCGGGCGGGCGCAACGAUCGACUUCUCGGCUGCCGGCAGUUCGAAGAACGACGGCGGCUUGCUGGCGACGCUGCAUGACCACGACCUCUUCCUCACCAAGCUGACUGCCGCCGCCGCCGCCGCGUGAGACCCUGCCUCACCCCUGCCUCGUCGCGUGAGACCCUGCCUCACCCCUGCCUCGCCGCGUGAGACCCUGCCUCACCCCUGCCUCGUCGCGUGAGACCCUGCCUCACCCCUGCCUCGUCGCGUGAGACCCUGCCUCACCCCUGCCUCGUCGCGUGAGACCCUGCCUCACCCCUGCCUCGCCGCGUGAGACCCUGCCUCACCCCUGCCUCGU